CGACCACGGGAAGUAGCGAAGAAGAAGCAGACUUGUUGUGGUUGACGGUGUCAGCAGCAGCGGACUCACCUGGCGGACAGGUGCGACCUCAGCCCGGACUAAUCCAAAGUGCAGUGAACGCCCCCUGCAGGUCAAAGGUCGACUCCUCCCCCAGCGGUCAUGGCCCUGAUCUCUCUGGAAGACCUCGACGGAUUGGACGACGAGCAACUGGACGAUGACAUCACCGACAACCCAGAGCCAAUGGAUGAAGACGACCGACUGCUGAGUCACUGGCAGGCUGUCGCCAGCACCCACCAGGUGUCAGUACCUCCAGACAUGACCGGACCCAUACAGGAAAUGACCCGCAACAGCCAGCAGAGGGAGCCCCUCCCCUUCGCGCCAAUAUCCCGCCAUGAGAAGAUGGGGGAGGAGCUGUAUGAGGAGCGGGUGUACGCAGCAGGACACUGGGCCUGUGUGACCAGAGGCGAGGAUCUGUACGAGCAGAGCAUCUCUAUGGGCUUCAUGAAACUGAUGCGCUUCAUCUGUAAAGAGAACUCCGCAGGUAAAUACCUGGGAAUGACGGUGCCUGUGGUCAGUAACAUUCACAUGAUGGAGGACGGAACCACGUUUAAGAAAGAUGUCCAGACUUCGUUCUUCCUGCCCACUGACUUUCAGACCAACCCCCCCCAACCCUACGACUCCGACAUCACCAUCGUCUACAGAGAGCCAAUCAGAGUCGUCACCAGGACAUUCCUGGGGACGACCACGGAGGAGACGGUGACACGUCAGAUCAGUCUGCUGUGGGAGAUCCUCGGCGCCACCGACGACCUCUGCAGAGACAACUACAUGGUCGCUGUGUACGAGAACCCUGGUGUACCUCGCCGCAGGAACGAGAUCUGGUUCAUCAGACGCAACCUGUAGAUGCCUUCCUCUGCUCCGCCUCCUCAUCCUCCUCUGAUUGGCUGGUUUGUUGUGUACACACUUCCCAUAGCCGAGUUAAUUUUUUUUAAUGUCAAACUGACCAAUCAGAGCAGGUUUAUGCUUGUUAGCUGGUCCUGACACUAUGCUCCGCUCCUCACCCCCUCCCAUCCAAUCAGAACGGCUUUCUCUGACUAACUGACAGCCCAUUGGUUCACACUUUCAGAUGUUCCUGUGUCACUUCCUGUCACAUGUACAGUCGGUGUGUAGAAUAGAAUCAGGACAGUUAGAGGUGGUACAUCACCAUCAUAUCAGAAGAAGCAGAAGCUAUGACAUCAUCUUGGGAAAGCAGGAAGUUACAACUCCACUCAGACCAAUCAGCUGAGUUCAGUCUGGUGUCAGUUGCAGAGAUGUGGAUGAAAGGGCACAAUCUCAGUUUAGUUCCAGUCUGUGUCAAAGCGUGAUCAUCUGAACACGUGACAGAGACGACGUCGUCCUUCUAUGUUCAUCUGAACACGUGACAAGAAUAAAAAUUAAUCUGCCCUUCAAUCUGCAGGUGUGACAGUGACGAUCCUGCAGACCCGAACCAGGUCUGGAGUUUGGACCUGGUUCAGGUCUAGAGUUCAGACCAGAUGGAGGUUUGUGUCAUAAUGAACGUUGGUUUACAAUAAAAAGGACAGUGAAUAUUUUUGUAACUUUUUCAUCAUCAGUCAGAUCUGAUGCUGGUUUUAGAUUCUGGUCCUGUGAAGGUUUUAAACGGUGAAGAGGUUUCACUCUGACAGAUAUAUGUUGAUUUGUGGUGACGGCCCUCCACAUGUUCAGGCAGGUGACUCCAUGUUCACAUAUGACCUGCAUGUUAAUGUGACUUUGACAAAGUGGUUUUAACCCUGCAGCUCUUCUACACUUUAUUUUCUGAAUAUUUGAUGUGAAAUCAUUAAAGAAUCGACCAAACAGUUUGUGACUCUUGGUGCCUGUUAGUUCUUCUGUUGGACAAAUGUACUUCAUUUUUAUUGUGAAACUUUUUUCCUUCUAUUUCAACAUUUGUGUAUAAAAUAUUCAAAUAAAAUCUGAUGUAAAAGUAACGUUAUGUGAUAGUUUCUGAAUGACUUUAGAUCCUGACUUUAAAUGAACCAGCUGGUUCAGACUCUGGUACAUUGGUGAAAAUAUUAACUGACUUCAAACUGAACCUGAUGAGACGUCAGCGAUAAACGCUAAAACUCCUGAACCAAAACAACUUUAUUUACAAAAACAAAUCUGGAGUAUUACAAUCGUUUUCACCCCAACAGUCGCAUUAAGAAAAACACUCUAAAACUAUUAAGAAAAAAAUAAAAAAGACAGAAAA